AAUGGGACUGCUGUUUGAGCCUUACAGAACUUGUGGAUGUGGUUAUGUGUGUUCCUCAGAUUCAUACGGCGUCCCAGCUAAGAAGCGUAAGAGAACUGAGAGUAAAGAGGACAUCGUGGAGAUGAUGGAGAACACGGAGAACCCUCUCCGCUGUCCAGUCAGACUCUACCAGUUCUACCUCUCCAAGUGCUCAGAGUCGGUGAGGCAGCGCAGCGACUUGUUCUACCUUCACCCGGAUCAGUGUUGUGUUCCCAACAGCCCCCUGUGGUUCUCCUCCGUGCCUCUGGACGACAGCACCAUGGAGGCCAUGCUCGUACGAAUCCUCGCCGUCGGAGAGCUGCAGAGGGACGACAGACGAGGUACGGAGCAGCAGGCGUCAGAUUACACCAUGUCUGAGUCUGACGAGGAGGAUUCACGGUGAUGGACACAAUGUAAAGGGAUUAUUUCAAACUCUCUGCAUCACAAAUUCAGAUGAAUCAAACAUUACAAGCCUUUUUUUUCAAAUCAUUUAAAAGUUUGGAUUGUUGCUAACAGGGUGAUUAAAUAAAGACUUGGACCGUGGCUUAGUUUAAACUAAUAGUCACUGGUGCAGUUAUGAGUCCUAAAACCCUGAAAGCAUUUCACCACUCCGGCUCUCUCGUUUUGAAGACAGCGGUUUCCUGAACAUGUUGUGGCAGAAAUAUGUCAGGCCUACAAUAAUACAUCUUUGAGGAGUUCUUCUUGGCUGACUGGGAAACAAAAUCCAACCUCUCAGUUCCCUUCUCUUCAGCAGCAUUCUGGGAAAAUGUAACAGUUCUGUAAGGAGUUUGUUUUCUAAAAACUUUGCUUAAUAGUAGAAAAACUUAGAGUGGCAUCAAAUGUCAGCGCCUUGCAGAGCGGAGCUGCUGUGGGUUCAGAUCUUCUGCGAACGCUCCUCGUCAUUACUCGCUCCACACCAUCGCCUACCACCCUCUGAACCAUGUUCACAUGUUUUUGAUAUCUUUAUAAGAAAAGUCUACGUUACCUGCUGAUUUAUACUGUUUGUUAAGUCUUUGUUUUUGAAAUCUUCCUUGAGUCAUUUGAAUGUUGAUGCCAUUAAGCUGUGACUCAAGAUUUAAUUUGUUGGUAUCAAUGAAAAAAAGUUGAAAGUAAUCUUUGUUUAACCUUUCUUUGUAGUACCUUGUUAUGCAAAUCUCCAAUCACUUUAAUAAAUGCUUGAACAUACAAAUAAAAAAACAGACAAUUUA